AUGUAUGGUUCUGAAUCACUUUCUACCGUGGAUGAGAUUAGUGGCCGGGAGGAUAAGUAUGAGAUUGUGCUGGCAAUGAAGGAGCUAGCUAGCAGAGGAAUGGCUGCAGAAGUUGUGGAAGAAGUAAAUGCCAUGGACCCAAACUUUUUUGUGCAAAACGCUUUUUUGCUCUUCCAACUUAAGCAGAUUGAAUUUUUGAAGCUGGUCAGUUCUGGUGAUCAUUCCAGCGCACUAAGGGUUGCCUGUUCCCAUUUAGGCCCUCUGGCAGCUCAGGAUCCAGCCUUGCUGAAGCCCUUGAAGGAGACGUUAUUGGCUUUGUUGAGACCUAGCCAAGAUGCACUUGGGGGAGGUUUGCCCUUUCAUGCUCUGGCAGCUUCACUCCAGGUGGCAGUGGCACACAUUGCCACCCUACUGACUACAGGGGAAUGGGGGAUAAGGAAUCACUUCAAGGUUGCUAUUGGUAAGAGGCUUGGCAUUGAAGAGCCCCAGCUUAUGAAGAUAAUUAGAGCAACACUUCACACACACAACGAAUGGUUUAAGCUGCAAAUGUGUAAAGAUCGCUUUGAAGGACUUCUAAGGAUUGACUCAUUGAAAGAAGUCAGGGGUCCUUUGCUUAUUGAUGCUGCCUCAAAGUCACAUGCAGAUAGUAGCACUCAAGGAUGUUCCCAAGUUACAAUAUCUUCUAGUGGUAAGACUCAAGAAGAUGGUAACAGUCCAACGCAUACGUCAUCUAGAGAUGUCGUCUGUGAUGAAAAUGCAAUACUCAAAGUAAUGGAAUUCCUGGCAUUACCAAGAGCAGAUGCCAUCCAACUCCUUGCUCAGUGCAAUGGAAAUGCUGAGACUGUCAUUCAGCAAAUUUUUGCGUAG